CUAUAAUCACAACACAAAUUACAAAUGUCAUGUCAUUUUUUCGCCUAACCAUGACUGAAAGAUGUCAAAGAAAGUUUACAGAAAAAUUUGAUAAUCAAAAAUAUAUUAUUUACUUCGGUGUUAUUACUGCUUCAUUAACAGUUUUGUACUUUUGCAGAUUUCACUUUGUUACUUUAGCUGUUAGCUAUGGGUUGGGAUGUGUGGCUUGUUAUUUUGCCCUGAAUUCUAGUUAUUUAAACAAAUUCGUGGAUCAUCUUAAGUGCCAUUUCGACAAAAACCCGCCAGUAGAUAAAUCAAAGGACACUGCCCUCAAAGGUUGUGUCACAUGUGGAUCAAAAGAUUGUUCUCGCCAUGAAGAGACUGGAACAGCAGAGCCCUGGAUAGGGCUUCAAAUACACAAGCAACUUGAUCAAGCCAUAGAAGAUUUCUACAACACAAUACUAGAGCAGUUUAUAAGCUCUUGGUUCAGCAGAAUCACCCUCCAACCAUUCUUCGUAGACGAGUUGAGGUAUCAACUGAGAUAUGCAUCGGCCUGUCUAUUGCAGCGUGCAUUCAAAAUAGAUUACGCCCGGUUCAUAACGGACCGCCUAUUGCCGUGCGCCCUCCGCCACUUCACAACGUGCUCGUACUCACUAGCGUCGGCGGCCGCGGGCUCUGUCCACCCCGCCGCGGCCAGCCGGGACGCGGAGAUCAAAUAUCUGAGAUGCGUCACGGAUGCUGUGAUGCCGUAUUUGUUGCACGCCGAUGAAGUUCAGAACUCAGUGUUUCGUGUACUUAUUAGAGAAAUAUUCGCCGGAUGGGUGUUGCUGUCGAUCACAGAUGUGUUAGCAGACCCCUAUAUACUGAAUACUAUUAUUAUACUAGCGACAGGAGACGAAACUAUGGCUCAAUUACCCACCACUCCUAAUUAUAAGGUGCAGCUGCUGGAGACGUUCGCGCGGCGCCCGCAGUGCCAGCGCCGCCAGCUGCUGCGCGUGGACUUGGACGGAAUCAUUUCCGAACAGGCUACUUUCUAUGCGUUCGUGCAGUAUAUGAAGACUACUCAUUGGUUGCAACUAUUGCAGUUCUACAGGGAUAUCAAGGCAUUUCAAUCGCGGCUACUCAACCCGGAGCCCUGCGCCUCAGAAGUGGCAGCCCUGAGACGAGAAGCGUCGUUGUUAGCGGAAUACACAGACUCAGGGCUGCCGCUCAGACCGGAUAUACUGACCGAACUGAAGGAACUGUUGGCGGAGGCUAAGAAUGAAGACGGGAUAAAAAAAUUGCAAACCAGCCGAGCGUUGUACGAAGCGGCGCGACAGUCGCAUGCCAUAUUAGAGAAAAUUAUGUUGCCAAGAUUUUUACAUAGUGAGGAGUUUUAUAAAAUGAUCCUGGGACCAAGAUUGCCAAUGGGAUAUCAGAAACAAGUCAAAAUGGUGAAAAGGCCGCGUGGCAAUUUGCGACCGGAGUCGAUCGACGGCCAAGUCCUCGACUGCUUCAUCAACCCGGAGCUGGAGGGCGACGGCAGCGAGAAGAUGGACAUACUCCACUAUCUGGACGCGCUCUCUGCGGACGAGUUCCACACUAGGGAACACGACCUGACCAAUUAUAAGGUCGUGCUGACCGAUGUCGAGAUGAGAUUGCAAUACCCGCCGCGGCGCGGCACGGUGCGCGUGUUCACGCUAGCGGCGCACCGCGCGCGCGCGCUGGACGCGCGCCUGUGGACGGUGCAGCGCAGCGAACACGACUUCCAUCUGCUCAGGAGCAAGCUGCACGAGUUCCACGGCGACAGCUUGCUUCUGGACCUGCCUCUGCCUUCGAGAAGAGACAACAGCCCAUUAGAGACCCUCCGAUACAAAUACGAGGACUUUCUCCAGCGGCUUCUCCAAAAGAGCCUUCUCCAAACGAGCGAGCUUCUCCACUUAUUCCUCACAGUGGACGGCGACUUCUCCACCGUAGUCCAAGCGUCAACCCUGAAUGCCAACAGCACGGACCUAGCGAACCUCUACCAAUCAGUGACGUACAAGUUGAAGAAGGAGAAGGGACAGCAUUUAGAGAGUUUCCUGAUGAAUUUGCUGUUCUCCACCGAUCUGGAGCGGUUUCAGGCUCUCAAACAAGGCACUGGUCGCGAUGUCGAAGAAGGCGUGGAAGUUAGCGAAGACGCGGAACUUGAUGCGCCAUUGCUCCGACCUCGCAACGUCCGGGAUAUACACAACACCGUGUUUGGGAACAACUGGGAUAUCUCACCCGAGGGAUACGAGACGAGGGAUGUUACACACCAGAACGUUUUGAAGGGGUUCACACAGUGCUUUAUGUAUUUUUUGAUGCGAGUGAUAUCAGCCCGUAGCGUGGUGUCUCACACGAUCGGCUGCCUCCUGUCUAGGUGCUCGUCUCAGGUGGAUGCUGUGUUCUGCGGCUGGCUGGACCACAAACUGAGGGAGUGGUUCAAUGAGAGGAGAUUGGCGCAUUUUAUACGAUUGGGACACAAUCUCCUGUUCGGUAAGAAGUCCCCGGUGCGCAGUGACGCGGCGCAGCAACGGCGGCGGGCGCAGCGCCGGCUGCCGGCGCCGCAGCUGUCGCCCGCCUUCACACUGUUACAGACGCCGCACUAUAACAAACAGCUGGUGUACAAUCUACUCGAUCUAUGCCUAAUGGAGCUGUUCCCGGAAUUGGGUGCCACAGACAAAAAACAGCCAAAGAGUUGAGACUGCCGCAUCGCGCAAGGAAUUGUCAUUUUAUAUGCUUCAUUUUAUAUGACUCUACUGCGACCAUAGAUGAAAAUCAGAUGGCCUAUUUUCAUACGGAAUAAUCGUGUAAUGUUUUAUUUCGAGUUGCCAAUAAAAUCCUGCUAAAAGCAAGUUCGAGAUCGUAUUAGAUUUUUUUAAACUACCUAACCUACUACCUACCAAGAAAAUGUUUAAAGUUUUGAUUUUAAUAUUUGUAUAUUACUGUAACAAAAAUAUUGUGUUCUUCUGUAUUGUGGUAGUGUGUGUCAUCAUUUAUGUAAUCUGAGGCUCUGUCUAUCCGCAAGGGAUAAAAACGUAAAAUUGUUAUCGAUCGGGAAAUAUCAUUAUCAUUAUGCAACUCGAAAAAUAAGUCCGAUUGAGUCAAUAGUAAAAUUGCGAUUUAAUUUUAAUGUCAACUACAAGAUAUACCUAUACGGUUGUUUGCGCAUUUUGUAAAUCGCAUGUGAUCACUCUUUUCCACCUAGUUAUUUGUAUUUAAAUGUAAAUAUUGUAUUGUAUUAUAUUUAACUCUAUUUUUAUAUCUUUAGUGUUGUCAAUCGCACCCCGGAGGUACGUUGAUGAUUGAUACGUGAUGAACACUUAAUUUGAGAGUAUUUUGAAAUAUUUCACUGUUUUCAUUGUAGAAACAACAACACCAAAUUAAAUUAUUUUGACAUA